AUGGAGCUGGGGAACAUCUCGCAGCCUGUGUACGGUCCCGGCCCCGAGGCGCCGGGGAGCAGCACGCCGGGCCUGGUGGGGAUGGUGCAUGGCUUCCUGCGGCUGGUGCAGCCCAAUGCCCUGCCCAUAGAACUGAUUGCAGAUUUUGGGCAGCCCCCAAGUGAGGAGGCCGUCGGGGAGCAAGUCCAGGAGCUGCUGCUCUACGAACUGGGUUUCCUGGUCUGCAUGGCCAUCGGGCUCCUCUUCAUCAUCCUCGUGCCCCUGGUGGGAUGCUGCUUCUGCUGCUGCCGCUGCUGUGGGAACUGCGGGGGUCGCAUGUACCAGAAGCGGGGCCGGCGGACGGGCUGCCGGCGCCGGGCGCUCUGGGCCUCCGUCCUGCUGGUCUCUGCUCUCCUCCUGGCCGGCGACGUCUGCGCCUUUGUCAGCAACACCCGCUUCUCCCAGGCUGUGUGUGGCACCUUCCCCAACGUCAACAACACCCUGGACAAUGUCCACACCUACCUGGCUACCAUCCCCCAGCAAAUCAAUUUUAUCAUCGACAGCAGCGACGUCCCGCUGGGCCAUGCCAACCGCAGCCUCCAGGACAUCGGGCCCAGCCUGGGCGGCAUGAUCGUCUCCGAGAUCAGGAGCAGCACAGAUGGGGCUCUGGGAUCCCUCCAGAGCCUCUUGCAAGGGAUGGAGAUGCUGGUGGCAGCCUUCGGCAGCACCGCCAGCACUCGCUCACGCCUCGAGGAGCUGCAGAGCAACUACAGCCAGCGGCUGGCCAGCCUGCGGGCCCUGGGCUGCGGGCAGGGACAUGAGCUGUAUGCUGUGCCCCCCCGGACGCAGGUUAACAACACGCUGGACACGACCCCUGCCAAGGUGCAAGAGCAGUCCCGGGAUGUGGUGACAAAGACCCAGGACCAGCUGGGCCUCAUGAGGGAGAAGAUCAGGAGCUUGCAGGAGCAGUUGCCGCUCCUGGACGUGGAGGAGAGCGUCGGGGCCUUCGUGGACAACACCACGUCGGUGCUGGAGGAGUACAGGGAGCCGAUCAUCUCCUUGGAUGGGCUCAGCCUCUCCAACGCCGGCGGGAACUUCUACAUGGCAGGGGUCGGCUUCAGCUUCAUCUUCUCCUGGCUGCUGAUGCUGCUGGUGCUGAUCCCCUUCAUGCUGGGGGGGAACACCUACGUGCUCAUCUGCGAGUCCUGGCGCAGCCAGCAGCGCUUUCUUCAUCUCUUCCCUUGCUCUCAGCUCCUGGACACCCCCGGCCUGAUCCCUGGCUUCAACCUGUCGGAGCUGCUGGGCCAGGAGGGUGGCACAGCAAACUUCUCGGAGAUGUACAGGCAGUGCCAGCAAGACGCUGCCCUGUGGCAAACGCUGCACCUGGACCAGAGCGUGUCCCUGGACGAGCUCUUGAACAUCAGCCAGUACACAGGAGAGAUCUCCACGGCCUUUGAGAAGAUGAACAUCACCCUGAGCCCCAUCUUGCUGCUCAACCAGAGCCAGAGAGACUUGCUGCUGAAUGCCAGCCGGGCCGGGCAGCCCCCCGACUUCACCCCCACCCUGGAGCAGCUGGAUCAGAACGUGACCCAGGGAAGCCUCCUGGAUUUGGCCGCAGAGUUGGAGCAGCUGGCAGACAACCAGGGCACUAAUGUGAAAGAGGACCUGAAGGCUGAUGCUCGCAAGCUGAGGGAGCUGGACAAGGAGAUGCAGAUGAGCUUGUCUAGGCCGCUGGUGAGCGAUGCCUGGGUGGGAAAGGUCCUGGGGGAGAACAUCCACUCGGUGCAGAGCAGGGCUACCCAGCUCGAGGCAGAGACAAAAGCUGUGCUGGACAAAGCCAGUGAAACCCAGGAGUUCCUGGAGAGGGAGACGGCAAACAUCAUCAAAAAUGAGACGUGGGCCUUCCUGGAGGAGCUGUUUGACUUCUUUGAGACAUACAUCUCCUGGGCCAAGAGUAGGCUCACGGGAGAUGUGGCACGUUGCAAGCCCAUAGCUCAGACCCUGGAUAACGUGGAGGCCAUCACUUGUGACUACAUCCUGGACUCUCUGAAUGCCUUCUGGUUCAGCCUGGGCUGGUGCACCUUCUUCCUGCUGCCCAGCAUCAUCCUGGCUGUCAGACUUGCCAAGUUUUACCGCCGCAUGGACAUCGCCGAUGACUACGGGAACGAAGACUUGGAGAUGCCACCCGCAUUCAACUUCUACAAAAUCCCCCGGCCAUCCACGAGGCAUUAGCCCCUGUUGUCCACAGCACGGGCACGGAGGAGAUGGACAC